UGCCCUCGGCGGAAUCGGACAGAUAUAAAAGCGUGCCCAUAUCCAGGCAGCCCGGACUAACCUGAGCCAAGCACAGCCUUCUGUUGCAGCGGACUCAGGAAUACUAGACUGCAGUACACCUCACAUUUAAGGUUCAGGAUGAAGGCUGCCCUGGUCGCACUCUUGUUCAUCGCAGUGGCGAUUCUCAGCGUCACGGCUACGUCUAUUCCGAACUGCGCCGCGGUCACGUGCACUGCAGAAAGCUGCCAACCAGUGGAGUGCGCCUGCGGAACGUACAAGGACCACUGCGGUUGCUGCGACAUCUGCUACAAGUGCCCGGGUGACCAGUGCAACUCGUGGAUCUUGGACCGGUGCACCGAAGGCCACCGUUGCGUUCUGGAGGACCCUUCCAAGCGCUUCGAGCUCGGUGGAAAAGGACACUGCACGCCUGAAGGCAACACGGAGACCUCACAGACUUCCUAAUUUUGUCGCGUGUAAAGGUCACCUAAAUGUUUUUUGACCCCCGGGCUUAGAAGAGCAAAAAAAAAAGAAGAAAGCAGAAGGCAAGGACAGGCUAAAUUGCUAAGAGUCAUGUUGUGCCAACAGUUUGCACUGGGAUUAGUAUGGCGAAGACCCUGGGGCAGUUCACCCCUCAAAAAAAGAAAGCCGAUAAUCGGGCCGGGGGAAACAUGUGCUCAUUUCGGUAACCGGUCUUACUUGAGUAUCACUGAGUUUCGCGAGCUAAAUUAUUAACCAAGAAAACAUUACAAAUUCUAAAAUAUAAACAUUGGGGGUAACGAUCAAAAGACACGACACAAUCUCUCUGUUCGUGCGGUACGUUCGCUAGUAUUUCGCGGUUGUGACGGCAAAGUUUUGGCUCGCGGGAUAACGAUAUAAGAGCCAGAGACAAGAGGCGGCCUCACCUGCAAACUUCUGAAGUGGCGGCCUCUGAUGUCACGUAUUCCGACAAUGACCUGACAAGGUCACCAAGUGUUCAAAAACAAAGGGAACUGUGUUGCUUUUCAAAAUAAAACAAUAAAAUUGUCA